UACAGACUGCAGAUGAUGUUGAGAUGUAAUCAAUCAGAGAUGAUGUCACUUUUCAUCUUUCUUGUGCUUGUUCAUAAAAUCUGUCAGGUGCUAGCUGUUUACAAGGACUCAAGUGUUGUUCAGGAGAGUGGGCUCAAGACAGCUAUGGUUGGGGAAACGAUGACUUUACGGUGCGUUUGUGAAGAUGAUGCCGUAACUUUCCUUUCUUGGUACCAGCAAAGCCUGGAUGGCAAACCUCGAAUUAUAUCAACUCGGAUGAGGCACGAAACAACAGCCGUCAUCUCCCCUGGGUACGAAGGAAGGUUUAGGGUUGAAGCAGCUCACGACACCAUCAAUAAUCUCAUAAUCAAAGACCUUCAGUUAUUGGAUUCAGCAACAUACUACUGUGGGAUUUUGGUGUUCAAUGCCAUAGAAUUUGGUCAAGGACUUUACCUUCACGUUAAAGCGCCACUGUCCGACAUUCGAGCUGUUGUCACUCAGUCACCCCUGGAGCCGACCGAACUGCGACUGGGAGACUCUGUGAAUUUAAACUGCACCGUAUAUGUGGAACCCUGUGAAGGAGAGCUUAGCCUCUACUGGUUUAGACAUGGUGCACCUCAGCCUUCAGUUGUCUUCCCCAGCAGUGGACAGUGUACAAACUUCUCAGAUGAAAACCCUUCCAGCAAAAAUUGCACUUCAAACCUGGCAAUAAAAUCUGUGGCUGCUACUGAUGCUGGGAUCUACUACUGUGCCCUGGCCUCUUGCGGGGAGAUUGUUUUUGGAGAUGGAACAAAGUUACAGAUUGUAGGUCCCAAGAAAUCCCACUCUCUCUUGGUGUACUGCCUGAGCGCGGCAUUGGCGCUUUCCUUUAUUGUUCUCCUUGUCCUGGCUUUCGUCAUGUACAAGCUAAAAAAGAAGCUGUGCUCUGUCUGUGAAGGAAGUGAUUCUCACCUAACACACUCUGCACCAACAGAUAUUACGAUAUCAGAUGCACACGAUCUCCAUUACGCCGCUCUGAGUCUGAAGAAGAACAGUGGACGACGUCAUCAAGAGGACAACAUAGAGAGUGUUUGUGUGUACUCAAGAAUAAAAAGCAGAAAGGAGUGAGGAACUGUGUUCCUGUCUAGUAACCGCGCGACUGAUUCAACUGCUUGUAAAUGAACAUAGCAAUGUAAAAUGCUAAAUGAAGUUGAAAGAAAAUAAAAAGAAGAUUUU